UGUGCGCCUCUGCUCGCUCCUCUCUAUGGUCCCCAGCUCACAUUCACUUCCGCUUCCGGUCAGCGCUUUCUCUCCGGGCCGCCGCCGCCAAAAUGGUGAACGUGCCGAAAACCCGCCGGACCUACUGCAAGAAGUGCGGGAAGCACCAGCCGCACAAGGUCACGCAGUACAAGAAGGGGAAGGACUCGCUCUACGCGCAGGGAAAAAGGCGCUACGAUCGGAAGCAGAGCGGAUAUGGGGGCCAGACAAAGCCCAUCUUCCGUAAAAAGGCCAAGACCACCAAGAAGAUUGUGCUGAGGCUGGAGUGUGUGGAGCCCAACUGCAGGUCCAAGAGGAUGCUGGCAAUUAAGAGGUGCAAGCACUUUGAGCUGGGAGGAGACAAGAAGAGAAAGGGCCAGGUGAUCCAGUUCUGAGCAUCAUCCUGCUCAUCGUUAUGGACCGUAUUAAACAGGUGCUGGGAAUGCAAUGCAGAGUUCACCCUUGUGGGCAACUUCUUGUGGUAGAAAUGGAGCUGAAGGAUGGAGAGAUGCCUCUUCACAUCUUCAUCAUGACUGAGAGCACUCAGUUACUGAACUGUAAGGGAAUCUGUUUUUGGUUAUUAAAUAUUGGCUGAUGUGAUAGCAUUUUCAGAUUUGUGUAGGCAGCAGUGGGAUAGACUGUAUGGCUGUAUUAGAUCAGUUUUACUGAGUGCUGUUUCUAGUGACAAAUUUCACAAAAACUUACGUGACUGGAACAAACUGGCCUGUUUUCUAAACCAUUAUUUAAUUUCAGAUACCACGCUGUACUCUUGUACACUUCAAGUAAGAAAAAGCAUAGCCUUUUAAAGGGAUUUUAAUCAAAGUGCUUAAUCACAGAAGAACAAAUAAAAAAAUCCUGAUUGUAUUGUAAUCAGAAGAUAAAAUACUUGAACAUGA